CACCCUGUCUCUUUUCUCUCUCUCUCUCUCUCUCUCUCUCUUUCUUCCCACCUUCCCUUUCUCUCUCUUCACUUUCUCUUUCUUAUGUGCUCUUCAAUCUCUCUGAAAUAACCUUCUCUUCUUCCUCCUCCUUUUUCUCCUCCUUCUAUUCAUUCUUCUUCUUCUAUCCAUAUUGACCUCUUUGCUGACCACUCAUCAAGACCCAGUUCUGGAUCUUCUGGUGUGAAGGCAUCUAUCUAAAGUUCUUGAGAAUCUGUUGACCUGAAUUUUUGUAUAGUUCUGAAGGAGGGGUAAAAUUUGGGACGGAUUUUUCGUCACAAAAGCUCAUAGGUGGAAAUUUAGGCCAACUUUUAAGGUAUUGACAAGAUGAUGAUGUUUGAUGACAUGGGGUUUUGUGGAGAUUUGGAUGUUUUAUGCGGUCCCCUCGGCGAAUCGGAUAUGACUGCCAGACAGACUGAGCCUGAUGCAGUGGUGGAGGAUGAUUAUAGCGACGAAGAGAUCGAUGUGGAUGAGCUUGAGAGAAGGAUGUGGAGGGACAAAAUGCGUCUCAAGAGAUUGAAAGAGCAAAGCAAGGCUAAAGAAGGCAUCGAUGCGGCGAAGCAAAGGCAAUCCCAAGAACAAGCUAGGAGGAAAAAGAUGUCAAGAGCUCAGGAUGGGAUACUCAAGUAUAUGCUGAAGAUGAUGGAGGUUUGCAAGGCUCAGGGAUUCGUCUAUGGGAUUAUACCCGAGAAGGGGAAGCCGGUUACUGGGGCGUCCGACAAUCUUCGCGAGUGGUGGAAGGAUAAGGUCCGGUUUGAUCGAAACGGUCCGGCUGCAAUAGCCAAGUAUCAAGCUGAUAAUGCUAUCCCUGGGAAGAAUGAUGGAUGCAAUGCUAUUGGUCCAACUCCACACACCUUGCAAGAGUUACAAGACACAACCUUGGGGUCUCUCUUGUCUGCACUUAUGCAGCACUGUGAUCCUCCUCAGAGGAGGUUCCCUCUAGAGAAGGGUGUUCCUCCGCCUUGGUGGCCGACCGGUAAUGAAGAGUGGUGGCCUCAAAUUGGUUUGCCUAAAGAUCAAGGUCCUCCUCCUUACAAGAAGCCUCAUGAUCUUAAGAAGGCAUGGAAGGUGGGUGUCCUAACUGCAGUUAUCAAGCACAUGUCUCCUGAUAUCGCCAAGAUUCGCAAGCUCGUGAGGCAGUCCAAAUGCCUUCAAGAUAAAAUGACAGCGAAGGAGAGCGCCACCUGGCUCGCCAUCAUCAAUCAAGAGGAGGCCUUGGCUCGCGAGCUUUAUCCUGAUUAUUGCCCACCUUUGUCUUCUGGUGGGGGAAGUGGAUCUUUGGUCAUCAAUGAUUGCACCGAGUAUGAUGUCGAUGGAGCCGAGAAUGAGCCUAACUUCGAUGUGGAAGACCGGAAACCGGAGAAUCUUCAUCCGUCUAAUCUCGGCAUGAGGGGAAGGCUGCAGGUUCAGAAACCUUCUCUUCCAAUCAAAGGAGAGGUUGUAACAAACUUGGACUUCAUUCGGAAGAGGAAGAGUGACUUUAACUUGAUGGUGGAUCAGAAAAUCUACACAUGUGAGCACCCUCAGUGCCCUUACAGCGAAGGCCGGCUCGGCUUCCAAGACCGGUCUUCGAGGGACAACCACCAACUCAACUGUCCAUAUAGAAACAACUCUGCUGCUGAUUUCGCCGGUCCGAAUUUCCAUGUCAAUGAGGUUAAGCCUGUUAUAUUCCCACAGUCCUUUGUUCAACCAAACACCACAGCUCAGCCUGCUAGUUUGGUUCCUCCAACAUUCGACUUAACCGGACUCGGCGUCCCGGAGGACGGCCAGAAAAUGAUCAGUGACCUCAUGUCAAUCUAUGAUGCAAAUGUUGUAGGAAACAAGAACACAAGCUCCAAUAACUUUGUAGCUGAGAAUCAAAAUCAAAACAUUCCUCAACAAUGCAUCAAUCAACAACAGGAAAGUUUCUUUCCCAAUCAAGGAAUGGUGAUGGAAGGGAACUUCUUUGCAAGGGAUGAUAAUAAUCAAUUUGACAGGUUCAAAGCCAUGAACACACCCUUUGAGACCACCACCACAGCCGCGGCCACCGCCGUCGCUGCCGCCACCAACCCCCCCAAUAACAACAACAGCAACUUUAAUUUUAUGUUUGGAUCCCCUUGUGAUCUAGGAUCAUUUGAUUUCAAGGAGGAUCUACAAGGAGGAAUGGGAAUGGAUUCACUUCACAAACAACCAGAUGUUUCAAUAUGGUACCAGUGAAGAAAAAGAACACAAGUUUCAUGGGAACUUUUUGUUGUGUCCUUAAAAAAAAGAAAAGAAAAAAAGAAAAGAAAAGAAAAGAAGGGUUUGGCACACACACCCCUUUGAUCAUGUGAACUUCCCUUAACUAUCAAAGUUAGUUUUUAAAUUACUUUGCAUAUUUUUAUAUUCACAUGUAAUCCUCUUAUUAUUAGGUCUUCUUUAGAGAUAUUUUAUGUUCUAUGGCAGGUCCUCUUCUGGUUUAUGUGUUAAUAAAUCAAUCAUGGAUGUUAAUGUCACUAUAUAUAUAUAAUGUAGCCCCUCUUGUGUUUUCACCUUACUAUAUAUAUUAUUAUGUGUAAUAUUGUGACAUAAAUAAGAUUUUAAUUUUAAUUC